CAAGGCCCCGCAGCAGGGAGGCAGGGUGUGCUCACGAAGGCCAGGCCGGCGGCCAUGGGCCGGCUUGACACUCCGUUGCUGCUGCAGAGGGGACAUCCCAAGUCCGAUGGGCUCGAAAGGAUGAAGAAACUAGACUUGUCAAACCUCCAGCUCCGGACGAACGACCUGGACCUCCAACUCCUCAACAGGCUGAAGCAGCUGAGGGAGCUGGACCUGUCCGACAACCUGCUAGAGCGGCUGCCCGACGGCCUGGACCUCCCCAGCCUGCAGGUGCUCCGCUGCACCAACAACCAGCUGGAAGACCUGACCCCGCUGCAGCAGUUCCCGGCGCUGGAGGAGGUGGACUUCGAGGACAACCUCUACCUGACGGUCAAUGACAAUUACAAGAUCGCUUCCCUUCUCCCCAACAUCCAAAAGAUCAAUGGGAAAGAGACAGACUCUCUGCUGAAUCACGUGAAGAUCCUGACCCAAGAACUGACCGGCCGGGUCACUGCUUACUGGGAGAAGAACUACCAAGAUCAGCUGGACUCCUCCGCACAGACCCAGGAUAUCCACCGGGAAUUUGUGAAGUCCGCAGUCAAAGAAGUCUGUUUCGGGCCAGAGUCGCUGAGUGAUUUCACCCAGUGGAAGGUAAAAAUGAUCGCCCAGAAGCUGGUGGCCUCAAAGCUGACCCAAAACGAAGCCCCCUCCAGCCCCUCGACCACCUCGACCCCCUCCAGCCCCUCGACCACCUCGACCCCCUCCACCCUCUCAGAAGGCAGUUCGAGGCAUGAGAGCCGGGUGGGAUCCUCCAUCCAGCAGUCUUUGGUGAAGCUGCAGGCCUUCAAAUGGAAGAAGAGCCUCUCGGGCGACCAUCCUCCCAGCAAGAAAGCCCGGCCUUCCCUGGCUCCCGACUCCCCGCCUGCGCCCAGGGAGGCCGGCCACAGCUCGGCGUCGGGCAGCUGCCGACAGACGGCCCCGGCCGAGAUGGAAGUAGAGGGUCAGGAGCCCGUGGAGCUGGAGCCCCUGCACUUCCUGCAGUGCCACAGCAAAGGGAACAGCCCGGACGACUUCAGCACCCAGCUGUGGGCCUGCGCCUUCGAGCCCGCCUGGGACGACGGCACAGGCCGGCCCGGAGGCGCGUCCCAGACGGUGGCCACCUGCGGCGGGGAGGCCGUGUGCGUCAUCGACUGCGAGGAGGGCUUUGUGCUGCACCGCUACAAGGUGCCCGGAGAGGAGUUCUUCACCGUGGCCUGGACCACCUUGACCCUGGUGACCGGGGACGGACGGAAGAAGCGCAGCAACGUGCUGGCCGCCGCGGGCCGGCGAGGCAUCGUGAGCCUCAUCCACGUGCGCGCAGGCUUCUGCUACGGCGUCAUCCGAGCCCACCGCAAGCCCAUUGCCAUGGCCUGCUUCAGCCCCUGCCAGGAGACCCACCUCUUCACUGCCUCGUACAACAAGCGCAUCAUCCUCUGGGACAUCGGCCUCCCUGACCACAACUACCAGUUCAGGCCCAGCCAGCUCCUGGUGCUCGACACCAGCGCCACCCCCCUGCGGCUGUGCCCGGUGGCUUCGUGCCCCGACCACUACCUGCUCGGUGGUUGUGAGGAUGGCUGCUUCGCCUGGGACAUUCGGUUAACUGAGCCGCAGAAGAGGAGAGACUGUGAGAUGAUGUUCCUGUUUCCCCAAGGCCCGGGGCGAGCGCACAAGCGAGUGGAUGGGCUGGGUUUUGUGAGUGAAGAUGUCGUGGCUUCUAAGGGCUGUACCCCGGGCUCCAUCUGCUUGUGGAGCUGGAGUCAGUCCCUCGCAGGAAGAGCAGGCAAGCAGCAGGUGACGGUGGUCAUCUUGGCAGAGCUCCAGUGGUCCCAUACAGAGCUGUCCUACCUGACCCUCAGCACCUGUCCAGAGAAAGCAUUCGUGUUCUGCGGAGACGAAGAGGGCACCGUGUGGAUGUACAAUGUCAAGCAUUACCUGGAACAGCACCCUCCCUCACAGGCCUCAGUGGCCCCCACAAAGAUUCUCAAAUGGCCAGAUCUCUCAGCCCGAGGCAGAAAGAUGAACAAAACUUUAAUCAACACUGCAGUGGUUGACCCUACCUUCACCUACCUUGUGGCUCUGACGGACACAAACAUCAUUGCCAUCUGGAAGAAACUCUAGCAGCCAGAAGCAGGGCCCAGCAGUUGGGUUUGUGAUGGCCGUGAUUCUCACCAACAGGUUUUUCCUAAGUGUGCAUUUUUCUAAGCUUUAGUUUUAACUAAACUCAAAUUGAAACAAA